AACAGUGCUUAGUCGAUGAAACACAAGAAAGCUUUUAUCAAAACCGCCUGCGGAUGAUAACGAGGCACGUGUCUCGUUCUGUUUUCUUCCUAUCGUUCGAUCAGCUGAUCAGUCAUGGAGGCUUCUGCCUUGAACCUGGCGCACGAACGGCAAAGGAGGGCUGAAGCAUUGCUCAGAGAAGGACGUUUUGAAGAAGCAGCGGAGUGCCACGAAGCUGUUGUUCAGCUUUUAUCAGAGGCGUUCACGCAACUUCAGUCGAACUUUACAGAAUCAAGCUUCACGGAUUCUCAACCUUCUAUUUUAAUUGGCCAAAGUUCUAUGCCUUUCGUUAGAUCCAUACAUACGGCAAUUACUUUGGAAUCUCUCGCACUUCAACGAGAUUAUCACAAAAGACAAGCAGCUGUUGUUAGGAUGAAGCAGGCUCAAUAUGAGGAGUAUAAAGUCAAUUUAGAAACUCAAAAGAGAGAUCUCAUUUCAAAACAAAUAUUCAAGCAAAGCGAAAAAGGAAAUUCUACAGAAUCUGCAUCCGAUAGAAACAACAGUUCUUUGCGUCAAGCUAUAUAUAGAACUAUCGAAGAACAGGAUAGUUUGUUAAGCUUGAUUUUAUUACCAGACACAGAAAGCAGUGCGUUCAAACAUCCAAAAGAUACUGGCACGGUUAUAGAAGAAUUGAAGACUGUUAAUUGUCAGUUACGCUGCCUCGUUGGAAGUUUGCUGAGUCAACUAGAAGCUAAAGAAGAAGAAGUGAAACAAUUGACAGAACGUUUGCACGCUAUAUCUGUAAGUCCUAACGAUGAAAUUAGGCCAGAUGACACACAUUCGCUAUGUUUAGCACCCUUGCCACCUUUAACACCACUCGAAAUGCCAUUGUUCGAUUUUACAUCGUCUUAAUUAAGUUUCUACCUCAUUAAGUAUUCAUUGCUCUCUCUCUCUCUAUCUCUCUUUCCUGAAAAUAAUGUGGUUCAUUGUACUUACAAUUUUAUCGUGACAAUAGUAUGAAAACAGGUCAUCUAAAAAAUUAAUAUAGAUGUAAUAUAAGAAAGAGAUUAAGCAACAAACGAAUUGCACACUAACAACGUCGAUAUCAUUAUCAGAAUAAUGUAUAAUUAUAUAUUUAUUAUCAUAUUCUUAUUACUUUUCACUUAUUCAAUAACAACAAAGUUUGUUUAACUUUGAUUAACUUUUAUAGCUGCAUAGUACAAGUAAUUUGUAGUAACAGAGUCAUUACAUUUCUAUCUUAUAUCAGUCUUAUUUGACCAAAUUUAUUUGAUAAUUAACUAUUUAUAUAUGUAUACUUUAUGCACAAAUUUAUUUAUUACUAUUCCAUUUCAUAAUGUUCACUUAAUUAGCAAGAAGACUCAUAUCUAUUUCGUGUAAAAAUUCUUCUAUUUUCUAUGAAUCUUAUUUAUAAAUACGUAUUAUCAAAGAAAAUGCGAACAAAGACAUUUUACAUUCUCAACUAUCAAAAGAAUUGUAUUCUUAUAUGUGAAACUUCAUCUCUAAUUAAUGUUAUUCACAGGGAACAAAAUACAUAUCAAUUUAGAUGAAUGAUUUCUUCCCUAGCACAAGCUAGAAUAUAUGUAAAUAUGAUUAAAAAAUGUUAAGAUUUUGUCUUCUUUAUGUGCUAGGAGAAAAAAAAAACUGCCAUGUAAUAGUAAUUGUGUGCAGUUUUGUUAUUAUAAUAAGUACUAUACGAUUUUAAGCAAUGAAAGUGUCUUUAAGGAAGUUGUGUAAUAAUAAAUGUUAUAUAAACCUGAAUAUAAGAGUAUAUAAUAUAUUUCAAUGUCAAAUUCUUAACGUAGUGCUUAUGAUAUCAUAAACAUUAUUGAUUUAAAAAUAUUUUUUCCAGAGGAAUUGUAUAUUCAACAAAAUAAGGUAUACCAAUUAUUCUGGUUAAUCGUUAUUAACAAAACAAACUUAUGAACGUUUUCAAAAAUAAUUGAUAAGACAAUGCAAGUAGAGAACUUUGUUUGUUUACAAUUUCCCCAGUUUCUAUGGUAGCAGUUUACAAGAUGGCGACGGAUCGAGCAUGCGCAGUUGAUCUCUCAAACGAAUGGUGAGCAGUGAUUGGUAGUGAUAGAGAGUAAGAGAGAAAGAGAUAUAUACAUAUAUGAGAAAAGGAAAGAAAGAGUAUUAUGAGAGUUCACUUGAAAACGAGCAUCUCGCGCCUAUAGUGAACUUGUGUGAAUCGUGCUCCUCGUGUAAUAUUUGCCCAAUCGUAUUGCCUGGCUCGUAGGGUCGUACAUUCGCGCGCACGCGUGUCUUGAUUUUUGUCGAGUUCUCAAUAGUAUUUCAAAACAUACCCGAAUACGUGAAUACGUUCUCGUUGUAUUAGUUUCUCGUGUUACACGAGCAAUAAGUUAAUCCGAUAGAUUACGAUCUUUGUUAUUCGUUAACGCCAUCGUGAUCAUCGCCAUCUUGCACGUUUUCACCGGAGAGGGAGAGAGAGAGAGAGAGAGAGAGAGAGAAAGUGGGGACAACAAAACGAAAAAGAGAAAAAAGAAAAUAUUAAGAGAAACAAAAAGAGAGACAUUAAAUACACGUUUACUUUUUCAUGUGACACACCCGUUUGAGUUAUGAUUAAAGAACGGCAUUAACGUCUUUUGAAGAAAAAUGCAGAGAAGUGCGUUUUAGGUUAACGACGAGUUAAAGUUGGCAGCAAUGUUAGCUAGCCGGUUCGACACUAGAGCCACCUGGAGACGGCUAGGAGUAAUCGAGGCUUCUUUCUUACCCCCACCAUACUCGGCAGCUGCGUCAGGCGUGGUCGUCCGGCAGUCGCAGUGAGAUCCUAGUCGGACGUAGGACUCUCGUACCGGUGUUCUCUUAGGGCGGAGUUUCUUUUCUUUCCUCGUGUAUCGUAUUUGAGUAUUACUUACGUGCGUGGAUAAAGAACACACUACGUAUAUACGUAUAUGUAUACAUAUAAUUACACGUAGAUAAAUCUUUAAAUUUUUGAUACAUAUAUAUAUAUUUUUUUUCCUUUUCUAUACAUAUU